AUGACGGAACCAACACUAAACUUCCAGAUCCAGACAUCACAAACCCAAUUCAGGAUUCCCAUUGAAUUGAUUAAGAAGAAUUUCAAAAAUAUUCAAAAAUUAAUUGAAAAGGAAAAGAAGCAAUUAAUGGAUGAGAUCUCAAUAAUUAAAAAGAAUCCAAAUAUCCCGAAAUCAAUGAAAUUAGAAUUAAUAAAGAAGUUGAUUAAAGGGUUUGAAAGUUUUCAAAAGAAAUUAAAAACGGCUGUUUCUAAAGAUGAAGAAUAUCGACUGAGAUUGGUUGCUAGAUUGGAGCAUUUGAAUGAAUUAGAUAAAUAUUGUAUCACUACACCUUCAAGUGGGACAGGUUCUACUGGUGGUGGUGGUAGUACAAGUAAUAAAGGAAAGACUGGUGAUGACACUAAUAAUAAUACCGAGGGUAAUGACCCUUCUACGAAAUAUGAGGAUGAUAAAUUAUUAGAUCUACAUAAUCCUAAUUUAUUAAAUUGGUAUAGGGAUCAAACAAAUUUAUUAAUUGUGGAUUAUUUAAUAAAAUCAAAUAUUAGAUCAGAUGAAAAUGCUGGUAUAUUGUUAUUAAAGAGUUUAGCUGAAAAGAAUCCUAAUUUUAUGAAAUUAAUUGAUUAUGAUUUAUUCCACAAUUUUAAUAAAGUAUUUGUAUCAAUUGUCCAAGAUCAUGAUUUAUCUUUGGUUAUAGCUUGGUUUAAUGAAAAUAGAAAUUUCCUUAAGAAAGUAAAUUCAAAUUUAGAAUUUGAAAUCAAUUAUUGUAAAUUCUUAUCAUUGAUUGAAAAAGGUGAUAUAAAUGAAGCUACAAGAUAUUCAAGAACUACUUUAUCUCCGUAUGGAAAUAGAGAAAAUUAUCAACAAACUGAUAAAUUUAAUCAUUUAGCCAAUAAGACAAGAUUAUUAGGAAUGGGAGGAUUACUAAUGUUUAGAUCUUUGAUAGAUCGUACUCACAAUGGGAAUACUUUCUCUAGUAAUCUAAUGGUAAAUUCCCCGCAAUAUCAUGAAUAUCAAAAAUUAUUAUCAGAAGAAAGAUGGGAAGGUUUAUCACAAUGUUUUAUUGAGAAUUUUACUAAAUUAUAUGGAAUAUCGAAAAAUUAUCCAAUUUUCAUAUAUCUUUCUGCUGGAUUAUCAAGUUUGAAAACUAAAUCAUGUUAUUAUAAUACCGAGAAUACAAUAUUUAGAGAUAUAAAUGAAGAGAUACCAAUUGAUUCUACGAAACCCGAUUCACCUGAAACUCCGAGUUCCUCUGUCUUGACUAGUAAGAAAUAUAGAGGUCCGAAUAAAUAUUAUAAGGUUCUAAACAAAAUCAAUAAUUGUCCAGUUUGUUCACCUGAAUUAUAUGAAUUAAGUAAGAACUUACCAUAUGCUCAAUUAAUCACCAGUAUUUUUAAUAAUCCAUUCAAAUUACCCAAUGGGAAUAUCUAUCCAUUUGAUAAGUUACUUAAUCCUUCUGAAAAACAUCUUAGUGAGAAGAAUACAUUAUUACGAAUGGGAAAAGUGAAAGACCCAUUAACCAAAGAAAUAUUCUUUAUAGAUCAUUGUGUACGUGUAUUCCCAGCAUAA